UUCAUUAAAACUAUCAAGAGGGAGGUGUGACACGCCCGGAUAUAUGGAGGCAAGAAAUCUGAUUUUUUUUUUUAAAUUGAAUACUUUGAAAACAUGGGACGUUUCCUGGAAAUGAAUGUUUUAAAAAAAAAUCAAGUGAGCAAAUUUUAGUAAUCGCAUGUCUUUCGACUUGAAAGUGGAGGUAAUUCAUUUUCGUUUACAUUGCUCAAUUUUGUUGCACGUGAACAGUGUGAGUCACGGCGACAAGCAGGUUUUGAAGGUCAGUAUAUGUAACAUCCUGAUGUCACUAAAAAUAAAGAGUCCAAAAUAAAAACCAGGAAGAGAUCGCAACUCGUUCAGCAGAAUAAAGUAUUAAAGUGGUUCAAAUUAUACAUCGCAAGUUUAAAAGCUCUGAACAUUAGAAUUGUGAACUGGUCCAAGACGCGGGCCCUAAACAGAAUUCUAUCACAUAAGCAGUAAAUUGCAAAACUGAUUGUUUGUUAUACGUCCUUUCGAGAAUUUUUUACUCGGCAAAACUGAGGGCAUAAUUAAUAUUGAUCAUUGGGACACGACCUUGUGGAUAUCCGUCCCUCAAUCGAUCUGGGCCCAAGAAGUCUGCUGUAUCCAGAGUUUAUAGUUGCAGACGAUAAUGUGUGUGGUACCCGUGUUCCAGUUCGUGACCACUGCGUUGUUGUUUUCGAUGCCUUUUCAAUCAGCUGGACUAGUCCCAGAUUGUUUAAAUGGCUGAAUCGGGUCAUAGAGUUUGUGUCUUCUGGUUUGUGUGAGGGAUUUACCAUGGUUCGCUAUCUAAGCACGGUGUACUAUUAUUGCCAAAUUGUGCACGAGUAUAAAUAGAAUAAUUCAGAUCCGCGACGACUUCCAGAAAUUACGCGCGUUCUAUUUACAGUCUGUUGGUAAACAGAAGAGCGUGUCCUGUGCCCACGUGGGGGAAGUUACCUCUGACGUAAGACGAUCAUACCAUAUUUUUAAAUUUUCUUAUAAGGUCUUUAUAGUCUAUACAAGGUAAUAUAUCCCAGGAUUUGCUCCACUGAUUUCGUACCACGUCAAAUCGUUUCAAGUGAAAGGUGAAUAUCUAUGGAUUUUUGACGUAUUUUGAUAAAUUGUAUACAACUGAUAUCAAUGACUUUAAACACAUAUAUCAAAAUAUUUUGAUGUCAUAUCGGAUCGUAUGCAUAUUUCUGUUAAUCUGGGGUGGGGUGGUGUUUAAGUCAUGCAAAUAGAGACGUGUACUAGCUUUUCUCAUCAGAUACACACAUAAGAUGUGGACAAUUCCUUCAGAGUUCCCAUAACUGACCUUAGCAGCGGUCAACAUUACGCACUUCUGACGGGCACCAGUAAGGAUGCAGAGCAAUUCUGCGACAAGUUGCUUUUGUUUUUUAAAUUAAAUUCCUUUGUCUUUCGUUGGAAUGAGUCAGUGAAAUAAGCUAGCUAGUUAUGAAUGACGAAUUAUCAUGUAUGUAAAUAAAGUAAUACUUGUUUCCCAUGUGAUUGUUCCAGGCAUCGUCAGUGGUUUCUAGGAAGUUAGUUGAUAAUUAAUCAGUUAAAAGUUUUUGACUUUCUAGGAAGUUACCACAUGCGCGGUAUCCAAUCUAAUCACCUUUCGUUAAGGGAAACGGACUUCGGGCUGAGAAAAUCGACAUAUCCUGUUGAUCCUUACUUCAUUACCAUAUUCAUCAGAUCAGACGCCUUAUGGCGUGGCAUCGACACAGUUCUUGUGUAUAUCUUUUUUUUAACGAAUGAUCUAUUUUUACUCGCGGCUGUGUUCAAUAAACUGUGUGUAUUGUCUUAGAGCGGAGCGUGUAUUGUCUUUGAGCGGAAAUUGACAGGUCGGCCAUAAAAAUAGAUGUCGUCGCCCACUCAUUUGGACAUCGCAGUGAAACAAGACAUGGGACAGUGGCCUCAUGCUAAAAUGAUUUGGUGGACAGGAAAUUUCCCAAACGCACAUGAGGUCAAUUUAUAAAUAGAUCUCGUAGUAUUCUGGAAAAUAACAGCGUAUCUUUACAACCUAGAAUGUCAUUGGACACCUAGAUAAGAGCUCUUCGUAAGCCCUGCUCUGAUUGGUUGAUGUUCAAGACAAGCACGUCACACGCAUGAAAAGAGGAUGUAACAUGUUAACAAAGUCAUUAGACAUACACACCUCGUGGAGAUCACUUCGAAGAGCAUACGGAGUGAUUUAUCGAAUCUUUUACUUUUUUGUUUACAUUUUUGGAUUUUAAUUGUGAACUUUAAUGGACAUCAUGAGCACCGAGGCUCAACGUCUGAUGGCUUUGUCGCUUGGAAAGAUUGCUGCUUCUAGACAGCAACGUGGAGGCAUUAACCUACACAAAAACUUGCUGGUGGCCAGUGUGUUGCAUAAAGCUCGGACUGCUUACAUGAUGGAGAAUUUACAAACUGUGUUAGCAAAUAGGAGAGCUCAAGCAGAAGCAAAGGAGCAGGCCAAGAAAGAGCAGAGAUUCCAGAUAAGUACACUAUCAUCUGAAAAUACUACGAAUUCUAAAGAUAGCAGUACGCGUGACGCUUCAUCCGAGGUCAAAAGGUUGAGAGUUGAAAACGAAACACCCAUUCAUGAAGACAAAGAAAACUCUCCUCCGGCCAAGUGUUUGCGAGUAGAGAACGCCAAAAUUGAAUCCGAGAAAUCAUCGGAGAAAUCCGAAAUGUGCCAGGAGAAAUUCGAAGCGAGUACACACAUUACGCCAUUAGCGGAUGCAGGUCAAUGCACCGAAGAGAAGGAGGUCACGAAUUACGUCAGCAAACCUACACAGAACUGUACUAGGUGCGCUUCGAAGCGGAGGCGUUCCCUUGAAAAUUGUUCAGAUUCUGACAGUUGUGUUUUAGCCAAAAAAGCCAGAAUGGAAAAUGGACCAAUUAACGAAGUGAAAUCAGACAAUACAGUUGAAAGCAUGCAGACUGAACCCACUCAAAUUACGAAUCUCGUCAGCAUAUUCAGCACAGGCUUCGAGGGUCUUUGUGAAGAUUCAUCCAAAGGAAAUGAGACAAUGGACUCAAACAACAAUGAAAAGACAUUCGCUCAGAGUGAUAAUUUAUUCUACGCAGUUCAGUCGAUAAAUGGAUUUACAAUUAAAGACAACGGAGUUUCAUCGUGCAGUACUCAGGUUAUUGACAACAGUCGCGACUCGAUCUCUAUGGCAACACCGAUUGCGCUGACCGUGUGAACUUUUUGCUUAGUAGGCGGAACAGAUUGUGACACGAAACAUUACCUAUUUAUUGGUAAUUAAUCAUUUGUCCACUCUCUGCAAACAAAUCGCCCAAGGGCUACCGUUACUGCGUUCUGGUUCACUCGCCACGGACAGCACUGUGUUCACGCAUCACUGACUUCCGGGUGCUGAAGCAAUCUCGCUCCCUCCAUGAUUCAAGUUCAGGUGACUUGCAACACGAGGAUAUGGGAUUGUUUAGUUUAUUCAUGCAGUAAAGAGUAAACACGUAUUAAAUGGCGUGACCUCUAAUCAGUAAUGCGGAUUACAAAUCGCCAACGCGCAUACCAAUGACUAUUUAUUUAUUUAUAAAUCUUUUAUCAGAUUUAUAUUUAUUGUGUACAUCAACAAUUAUUAUUAUGCAAUGAAAUUGCAAUGCAAGUUUCAUGUAUAUUUUUGCCAUAUGUGAUCUCAGAAAAAUCAAAUCACAAUAUUUAUAUUCAACAGAAAGAAACAAUGUGGUUCAGAUUUUAGAGAUGAUUUUUUAAACGAAAGAUCAAAUCGACCAAAUUUACAAAUAUCAUACUGUGUCAUUUGUAUGAAUUGAGAGUGAUGUCGAAACAUUUUUCCUUGGAUGACUGACUUGUCUCAUUGAAAGUGGGGCGAAAGAAAGCGUGACUUUUGGCGGAAGUGGGAUAGCUGUGGUGCAUGAGGGCCAUGAAUCAUGAUCGUUGUAUAUAAGAAUGAACAUGCAGCAGUAAUAUGUGCGUGCGUGUGUGUGUGAAAGUGCAUGAUACCACAGUAAUUAAAUGUUAUAUAUUUAUUGAAUUAUGUCGAAAAAACAAUGAGAAAAAUCCAAAAUAAAAAAAUAUUAAAAAUGUCACAGAACUGAAA